AUGCCAGUUGGUUGUUUUCCUUCGUUUCGAAAGAAGAUAAAGAAAUUUCAUAAAGACAAGGCUCCCUUGCCAAAGAAGGAAGAAGCCAACAAAGAUGCAUGCCAUGAUAAAAUAAAAUCAAUUGAAUCUAAAAAUCAUGUUGAGGCUAAACCUGAGUCGCCUGUCAAAGCAGAAGACCAACAUGAUCAUGAGGCUGUACCUGAUUUUAAGACUGAAACAGAGCAAAAUCAUCAAAAUGAUGUACCUGCAAAUUUAUCAGAGGUCCCUCAUGAAAAUUUCGAUAAUGUAGGUGGACUCAAUGAAAAUGAGGCCCAUUACGAAGUAGGGACAACUGCUGAGAAUCAUGAAGUAGACGAAUCAGUUAUUCCCCAUUCGGACGAACCUAUUUGUGAAAUAGCUCAGCAAUCAGAAAAAAUCUCUGAACACAAUGGGCUCCUUGAACCUGAUAUUCCUCAAGUGACUGAGGUACUUUGUGAGAGCGUUCCUCAACCGGAACUUGAAAUAGAAUCAGCAGAUACUCAGAAAUCAUCUGUUGUUAUGGAACAUAUUCAAGAAGAUGAACCUGGCGUACAACAAGAGACUGAUCAAUACAUUGUCGAAGAAAAGCCGCAUGAAGAGAAUCACGAGCAUGAGCAACAAAUUAACUCUAGUUUUACGGAACCGAGUUCUACUGAAGUGAUACAAUAUGAAGAACAUCAAGAGGAAAAGCAACCAGAAUAUCAUGAAUAUGAGCAGCAAAUCGAUUCCAAUUGUACUGAACCUGAAUUAAACCAUGCUGAAGGUAGUCAGCCUCAGGAACACCACGAACAGCAAUGUGAAUCCUCUGUUCUGGAACCUGAACAUGAUCAUGUUGAAGAAAACGUACCCCCAAAAAUCGAAGAACCAGAGAUUGAACAAGAAGGAUGUCUGCCAAGAGGAUUUCAUUGGAAGUUAGUCUCGACUCCAGUACCAGAGGGAGCUAUUGAUAUACACGAGCUCCACCUUCCAAUUCAUGUCGGUCUGGUAGAGACUUGCCAUGGAGAAAUACCCUGCAAGUAUGUGGAAAAUAACCGAUCAUUCUACGCUGGAAUUGAAGGUAGGGAAGAAGAUUUUGCUUACGGAAAAAUUCUCUGUUUGGAUCGAAGGGUCUGGAAUAAAAUUGAGUGCGAAUGGGUUCAUAUAAGUACUCCUGAUAUUCGUUCAAGGAACCUGGUUGCUGGGGCUCUUGAUGCUAAUGGAAAGCCAAUGUAUAUUGCUCGAGGAAUGAUCCCUCUUACCGGUCCAUGUCCCUAUUAUGAACUCAGCUCCGGUUGGGUUUCGGAGAAUCUAGAAGAAGCAAAUUUAGCUUUUGGUGGUGUUGAAUGGAAACAAAAAGAUUUCGAUGUGCUUACAUGGAAAUGUAUAAGCUAA